CUGUCAAUCAGAUGCACAUGGCAAUCCUCACAGAAGUCACAAUAUUAGUGUUUAUCUGGGUAUUUUAGGUCAUACAUGUGUAUAAAUCCCUUGAAAGGUCAAAUAUAUCUGGAUGCGCUGAAGAGAACAGAGAAUGAUCCGAACGGCCAUACUUCGCACCUUUAAUACUGGCUUUUUUGCGAGGACAAAUUGUUGUGUCGACCUCCACACACGGAUUCUGGCUAGAUGCUGCAGCUCACAAGAUGGGAAAUAUUUGCUCCAUGAGCGGGAUGGAUUAUAUGAUCACAUGACCAGGGGGAUCUUAGAUAAAAUAGAGUUUGACGUUGAGGACAUUUGUCGGAAUGUGGACAGUGUCGCAAAGCGAGUAAGAGACCGUAAAGGUGAAAUGCAGGAGGAUGAAGUGUACAGGCUGGUUGACCUGUGGCAGGAGAGCUGCAGGGUCAGAGCCAAGGUGGACCAGCUACAGGAGCAGAGACAGGCCCUGGCAAGUCAGGCCAAAAGUUUGGCCAAAAGUCAACCCAACAGUGAUGAAUUUAAGGACAUGCAAGUAAAAGGACGCCAGCUCCGACAGGAAUUUAACGAAUCCAGCCAUACUGAGACUGAGCUGAACAGUCAGCUGUACGACAUUCUACUCAGGCUACCUAACAGCUGCCAUCCCUCCACCCCUGUGGGUGACGAAUCACAGGCCAGGUUAGUGGAGAUGGUUGGAGAGAAGCCGUCCUUCACGUUUGUACCCAGAGGCCACCUGGAGCUGGCAGAGCGGCUGAACAUUCUGCAGCUGCGACACCUGGCCAAUGUGUCAGGCCACAGGUCCUACUAUCUAAAAGGUGCAGGAGCGCAGCUACAGCAUGCCCUGGUACAGUUCACCCAGGACAGACUGUACCAGCAGGGUUUCACCCCUCUGGUGGUACCAGACUUCUUCUACCCUGCUAUACUGGAGGGCUGCGGUAUGAUGAAGGCUGGAGCAUUUGACACUCAGAUCUACACCUUAGACUCCAGCAAACACGAGGGGCUGUGUCUGGCGGGAACGGCGGAGGUCGGGAUCGCGGGGAUGUACAAGGACCACGUGCUGCGGGCGGACCAGCUGCCGCAGAAGGCGUUCGCAGUCAGCACAUGUUACAGAGCAGAGACCUGGAGUGGGAGCGAGCCAUACGGCAUCUACAGAGUCCACCAUUUCACAAAGAUAGAGAUGUUUGGAGUAACUGCCAAUGACCACGGCACCGAAAGUGAGCGAAUGCAGCAGGAGUUUGUGUCCCUACAGAAGGACCUGUACUCAGAACUGGGCCUGUGUUUCCACAUCCUGGACAUGCCGACGCAGGAACUCGGUCUCUCUGCACACAGGAAGUACGAUGUGGAAGUGUGGAUGCCUGGGAGGGAUUCAUUCGGCGAGGUGUCCAGCGCAUCAAACUGUACUGACUACCAGAGUAAGAGGCUGCACAUACGGUACGAAACAGACCAGGAGGACCCGAAAUACGCACAUACGGUCAACGCCACGGCGUGUGCCGUUCCACGACUGAUAGUCGCAAUACUAGAGAACUUCCAACAAGAGGAUGGGUCUGUGGUGGUGCCCCAGGCUCUACAACCGUACAUGGGAGGGAGAAAGGUUAUAACUGCCCUGGAUGGGUUACCUAUGAAGUACAUGGGCAGGGAAAGGAGGAUGUUUAAACAACAUCAGAAAAAGUUUUCUAAGUACCGGUAAUAAAAAGACUUGUAUGUCCCAUUAUUUGCUAUUUUGGAGGUCAGUGCAAUUUUAGAAAUU